AUGACGGCUGGAGAAGACACCAAUGAGUGGGAAGUGACCCGAUCGAGGGUACAUCUCGGCGCUCUCAUCGGAAGUGGUGCUUUCGGUAGGGUGCACCUUGCAGAACUUGAUAUGCCGGGCGGAGAGACCACCAUUGUCGCUGCGAAAAUGCUGUCAGACAACGCCUCAGAGGAAGAAAUGCAAGAUUUCCUCCGCGAAAUACAAAUGCUGAAGCACGUCGGCUACCAUAGAAACGUGAUCAGACUAAUUGGCUGCUGUACCACUAGAGCGCCACUUAUAGCUCUGUUAGAGCACGCGCCAAGGGGAGACCUACUGUCUCUUCUUUGUGCCGCUAGAGGGAGACGUAUCGGUAUACAGCGUCCAAGCCUUAAAAAGGACAGCGAUGGCAGACCCUCCGAGUGUGAACCUGAAUAUACCAACUUAAGCAACUCUAAUCCCACAUUAUUAGACGAAAAAUUAUACGGGGAUAAAGAGAAUGGAAGAAACAAAGACCACUACGUGGCAGAGCCUGCAUUACAGUUGGAUAGUAGUACGAUGAGGGAAUAUGCUCUGCAAGUCGCCUUAGGGAUGCGGCAUUUGGAAGAGAGAGGAAUAACGCAUCGGGAUCUAGCAGCCCGCAAUAUUUUAGUGGAUAGUGCAGGAAUACUGAAAGUGGCAGACUUCGGCCUCUCCCGAUCUGGAGUGUACGUACACACUCGGGCUAGACCGGUGCCACUGCGCUGGUUAGCACCAGAGGCAAUCUUCCACGCACAAUACUGCAGCGCGAGUGAUGUGUGGGCCUUCGCUGUGCUGCUAUGGGAGAUAGCUACACUAGGCGGCUUCCCAUAUGCGGAGCUGAGCAAUCAUCAAGUACCAAUAUUCCUGACAGGCGGCGGUCGACUGCCGAAACCAGCGCGCGCCUCUGCUCGACUCUACCAGUUAAUGACCGAAUGCUGGUCGGAGAACCCCCAUGCUCGCCCAACGUUUGCCCUCAUAGUGGAGAAGCUUACUGCCCAGAGGCAACUCUACGUGGACCUCGACUGCCUUUACCCAGCAUCCGAAGACCACCUGACCCCUUUGAGUGACUACUUUAGCGCUGCGAGUGUUGACAGUGAAACCUUCGGGGAUCUGGCAGUCGGCAAUAUUUUAGUGGAUAGUGCAGGAAUACUGAAAGUGGCAGACUUCGGCCUCUCUCGAUCUGGAGUGUACGUACAGACUCGGGCUAGACCGGUGCCGCUGCGCUGGUUAGCACCAGAGGCAAUCUUCCACGCACAAUACUGCAGCGCGAGUGAUGUGUGGGCCUUCGCUGUGCUGCUAUGGCAGAUAGCUACACUAGGCGGCUUUCCAUAUGCAGUGCUGAGCAAUCAUAAAGUACCAACAUUCCUGACGAGCGGCGGUCGACUGCCGAAACCAGCGCGUGCCUCUGCUCGACUCUACCAGUUAAUGACCGAAUGCUGGUCGGAGAACCCCCAUGAUCGUCCAACGUUCGCCCUCAUAGUGGAGAAGCUUACUGCUCAGAGGGAACUCUACGUGGACCUCGACUGCCUUUACCCAGCAUCCGAAGACCACCUGACCCCGUUGAGUGACUACUUUAGCACGGCGAGUGUUGACAGUGAAACCUUCCGGUGA